GUGCACCUAUUAAUUAUUUAAAGGUACAUACUAUUACCUGGACUGUACAUAUUAAUACCUUUUUGAGGAUACAGCCUAUACAGCAUUUUUUUUUCUUCUGAGAGUGUACUCUUGAUGACUGUAGAAGAAGCAUCUAAAAAGUUAAGUAUGUAUAAAAAGUUACUUAUUAAUUUAAAAAUGAAGACAUUCAGAAUCAUUAGUUGAUUUAAAAAAAAAAUGCCACUAAGGAAAAAAAAAAAUGUUUUGAGUAAGAUGUACAAAACUCACAAGCAAUCUUUCACCUUCUGUUUAAUCUGGGGCCAUUACUUUGCACUUUUUCUUUGAGCCAGACGGAUGUGCCAGGACCUACACCUUGUAACUGUCCCUAAAUAGCACACACACACACACACACACACACACACACACACACAGUUUGCAACCAUAUGAAACACGACUCCUUGCACUGUUGCUUGAUGUGGACGUUUGGAUUCCCACCCCAUUCCACAGUGGAAUAUAGGGCUCUAUUUAUAGAGCUGGUGGAGCCCGUGGCCCUGAGCUCGGCGGAACGCACUCAUUAAAACCGCUUUCCCUAGUACACUUCAACUCAAAGCCCAGCACACGCCAGUGUGAGAGAGUGGAAACCAUGCUAGAGAGAGUAAGAGAUCUAAAUAAUCAGCGUUAAAAGAAGAAGAAAGUUCGAAGAAAUUUAGAACCGGAUACCAUCUCAUGUGGGAUAUUUACCGGAUCUUGUUAUGAAGAGACACUUCAGCUAAAGCAGCAUCUUUAUUCAACUUGUGUGGAACUUCCAGCGUAGAAUCAGUGAUCACAAUCAACUGACAAAUACCAAGAGCACGACCUGCGAGGACAAGGUGACUAUGUAAAGAUCCAAGCUAUAGGGAGCCAUUGACUGGAAUUUGGAACUUUAGGUAAAUAACAGCAAUUGUUUUGCAUUUAAAAGACAAUUAUUUUAUGCUCAACCUGUUGCUUUGCUUUUGCAAGUACUUGUAGCAAAGUUCCUCUUCACUUACAGACAGAGAGAACAUCUGGAGUUUUUACUGUAAUCUAAAUCCCACACACUCUGCAGUAAUUAUAAAGCAGAGCUGGGAAGCAGUAAAGGAGAUUUGUCAUUAAGGCUGCCUAAAUAAAGAGGCAGGCAAAGGGCAAGGUUUGUGGAUUGGUCCGUGGAGGUGCAGCGACACUCAUCUGAUUCAUCGAGAUCCACCCAAAGCUUCCCAUGGACCCCCAAGGAGGCCAUUAUCUAAACAAGGCAGCAGUGCUGUCCGGACUCGGCGCUGCCCGGAUGUGCCAGCUCCUUCUCGGUUGCACCACCAUGGCCCUGGUGGCCCACAGUGCGGGUUUCAGCGCCACCUACGGGACCUACUGCAUGUUCGUUUGGUGCUUCUGCUUUGCUGUCACACUGCUGGUCUUCACUCUGGACGUGACGAGGCUCCACGGGUGUAUGCCCAUCUCCUGGGACAACUUCACCGUGGCCUUCGCCAUGUUGGCCACUCUCAUGUACGUCACGGCAUCAAUAGUGUACCCCGUCUACUUCCUCAGGUCUGAGUGCCCAUCUGAGGGCUGCGAGGUGCGCAACUAUCGCAUCGCCGUCACCGUCUGCUCCAGCGCCUGCUGCUUUGCUUACGGAGCCGAGGUGUUCAUCACACGGGCCAAGCCGGGCCAUGUGGUUGGCUACAUGGCCACCGUGUCUGGCCUGCUUAAGGUGGUCCAAGCCUUCAUAGCCUGCAUCAUCUUCGGCGCUCUGGCCAAUGGCAGUGAAUACAAACGGCACAUCCCUACACAGUACUGCGUGGUGGUCUACAGCCUGUGCUUCGCUGUAACCGUGGUGGUGGUGGCUCUCACAGUCUCGGGGAGAACGUCUUCGCUGCGCUUCCCUUUUGAUCGCUUUGUGGUCAUCUACACCUUCCUGGCUGUGCUGCUGUAUCUGAGUGCUGCUGUGGUCUGGCCGGUUUUUAGUUUUGAUAAGAAGUAUGGCACCCCGGGGCGACCAGAAGACUGCCCAAGAGGAAAGUGCCCAUGGGACAGCAAGCUGGUGAUCGCCGUGUUCACUUGUGCCAACCUGGUGCUGUACUUUACCGAUCUGGUGUACUCUCAACGAAUACGAUUCGUCUCACAUUCAGCUGUAUAAGACCAGCUCGUCUCCAGUCCGGUGGAUAUAUGAAUACUGGAAGUGUUGUGACAGACAGCCAUGCCAAUAAAAUACAGCUGUGUGUGUACUUGUAGUACUUUAAAAUAUUCAGGUUUUUGUAAUUUUGUUGAUUAGAAUGAAAAUGUUGAGACUUUCCACAUGCUGGGGUUGAUUAUUUUUUUUUUUUUGUUAAUUAAUAAAGUUGUUACUUUGCUUAGUAGAAUGAUAUCAAAGUAAUUUUGGACUACAUAUCAAUGUAAAAUUGACUUCUAUGACAAUACCUCUCUGCAAUUCUUUGACACUGUAUGUCUUAAAGGGAUAGUUCACCCAAAAGUGUAAAUUCUGCUAUUGUUUACUCACCUUUAUGUUGUUCCAAACCUGUAUGACUUUCUUCUGUGGAACACACACACACACACACACACACACACACAAAGG